CUCUCUCAUAUGUCACCUUGCCUAGUAGUGACAAAACUCCAUUGCAUAAAUCUCUUCACAUUCAUCACCUUCCUCAUUACUUCACCUCUUCCUUUCUUAAUUCUUCUCAACUACACACAUUAUCAGAAGAAAUUGAUCAUUCUAUGAAUAAACAAUGGGGAGAGUAAAACUACAGAUCAAGAAAAUAGAAAAUUCAACAAAUAGGCAAGUUACUUUCUCAAAAAGAAGAAAUGGGUUGAUUAAGAAAGCUUAUGAGCUAUCUGUUCUAUGUGAUGUGGAUGUUGCUCUCAUCAUGUUUUCUCCCUCCGGAAGAGCUAGCAUUUUCUCUGGAAGUAAAAGUAUCGAAGAAAUUAUGGCCCGAUACAUAAAUCUUCCCGAUCAUGAAAGAGGAAGGUUGCAGAACCAAGAGUACCUGGAAAAGGCUUUAGGAAAGUUGAGAAGAGAAGCACAAGAUCACCGUAUUCAAAACCAAGCCAGAAGUAGCCUAUCAAAUGCAGACUCACAAUUUGAGGGAAUUCAAAAAGAAAUCAUCCGAUGCAAGUCCCAAAUGAUAGAAAUGGAAAAGCGUCUCAGGAUGUUUGAAGGGGAUCCUUCUGAAAUUACAGCGUUGUGUGAAGCUGAGUAUCGAGAACAAGUUCUUCAGGAGACUCUGAAACGUGUCCGUCUUCGCAAGCAAGUUCUAGCUGAAAAAUAUAACUCUGCAGAUGCAGAAUCUACUACACAGGGCAUAAACAUUAAUAACAUGGUUACUACAAACACAAUCAACAUGUUUGACUGGCUUCCACCUAGAGAACCUCAAGUGCAAAUCAUGAAUUUUAUGAACUUCAAUGGGAUUCAUCCUCAUAGACAAAAUGAGAAUGCAAACCGAGCUAAUGUGAUUGAGAAUGAUACCAAUGUGAAUGUUCAACGAUCUGAGUUUGGACAGGUUAUUGAUAUGAAUUUAUCUCCAUGGACACAAUUCUAUCCCUCUGGAAGUGGACCUAUGAUGAUGACACAACCUGGAGAACGGUCAUUCAAUGAAAAUUUCCUCCCGCAAUUUUCUCCAUGA